AUGUCAAAAAGUUCAACAAUUGUUGUGUAUAUACCAACCAUAUGGCCAGUCGAAAGGCAAAGAAUAAAAAAAACGAUGAAAGAAUUGAGUGAAUUAGAGGAUGACUCAACCGACAUAUGUAAGGAAAAUUGGUUCGAUAAAUAUGAGAAACGACCUGAAUAUUUAGAGGAUAUUUCUCUUGCUCAGUUUGUUUCUAAAUAUUACAAAAAUAACAAAGGUGACUAUGUACUUAGAGAAGAACCAAAAGUUAUAAGAGACCGCAAUUAUGAUAUGGGUUCAGAUUAUAACGAGUAUCGUAGAGAAAUGGUUACAUUGCACCUUCCUUUCCGUCAUGAAGAAUCCGAAAUUAUUGCAGAAUCAAGAUAUCUUGAGUUAUACGAAGAAAAUGAAGCGCUUAUUCUAGAGCGGAGAAAAGAGUUCGAAUCAGAUAUCGACAUCGAAAAAACUUUACAAAUUUGCAGAGAGUUAUGCCGUGAAAAUGUUCCUCUUGAUGGAGAGGAGGUCAACGACGUUGUUGGUUUAAUUCCUGCUGAAAAUCCAUUUGCUGAAUUAUAUGACAAUCCAAACGCCGAUUUAAAUGAUGAUUUACGACUCUCUUUGUUUGACAGACUCGGAGCAAUUGCUAAAAAAAAGAGAAUAUCUUACCUUAUCCGGAAUUUUAUGCGCUUAUGCGCAGAGCAAACGAGGAACAGCGAGAAAUUUUGUUUCACACUAUACAUAAUUUAA